GGAAAAUGCGCUCUGUUGGAGAGACUUUCUUAAUCGAUUCCAGCUGGCCAAGUGCCUCACCAGGAAGCGUAAACAAUGAGGUACUGCUCGUCUAUAAACAGGCUCAUAUUAUCAGGAAACUUGUGGAUGUCUGAAUCCGGACUUGACGAGGGGGAAAGGAUGGUGGGUAUUGAUGCUUGUGACGGAGAAGGUCCCCCCUCUUUUAAUUUUGUUUAAGUCAGAGGGAGGUUGAUCUCAGUAUAUCCGACAGGGUGGACAAACUGUUCUAAAAUGAAGUUUGGAAAAAAGAGCAUUUGCAUUCUAAACGUGGGUGGCACAAAAUACGCGUUUCCCAGGGACGUUAUCAAGGAUUUUCCUCUGAGAAGAGUGAGUCGUCUGCACAGCUGCGCCUCCGAGAAAGAAGUGCUGGAAGUCUGCGAUGACUACGAUCGGGAACGGAACGAGUUUUUCUUCGACAGACACUCCGAGGCUUUCGGUUUCAUUAUGCUGUACGUGAAGUAUGGCAAGCUCAGGUUUGUUCCACAGAUGUGCGAGUUGUCGUUCUAUAACGAAAUGAUCUACUGGGGGCUGGAGAGCUCCCACUUGGAGUUCUGCUGCCAGCGGCGGCUGGAUGACAGGAUGUCCGACACGUAUACCUACUUCUCAGAGGAGGACACCAAAGUUGAAGAUGAUUUAAGAGGCGAAGACGUGCCGGAGAACUCCGCCGGCACUGGAAGCGCCAAGUGGCUGGAAAGAAUGAGACGGACUUUUGAGGAGCCAACCUCUUCCAUCGCAGCCCAGAUUCUGGCCUCGGUCUCUGUAAUUUUCGUGAUAGUGUCGAUGGUAUUACUUUGCGCGAGCACACUACCUGACUGGAAAACUGCCGAGAACAACAGCGUGGAGGAGCACAGGUACACAGAGAGUUUAGAGCAUCCAUCGGGGGUCAUCGAGGCGGUCUGCAUCGGCUGGUUCACGGCGGAGUGCAUAGUGCGCUUCAUCGUGUCCAAGGACAAGUGCGAGUUCGUGCGGCGGCCGCUCAACAUCAUCGACCUGCUGGCCAUCACGCCGUACUACGUGUCGGUGCUGAUGACGGUGCUGACGGGCGAGAACUCGCAGCUGCAGCGGGCCGGCGUCACCCUGCGCGUGCUGCGCAUGAUGCGCAUCUUCUGGGUCAUCAAGCUGGCGCGGCACUUCCUCGGCCUGCAGACUCUGGGGCUGACGCUGAAGCGCUGCUACCGCGAGAUGGUGAUGCUGCUGGUGUUCAUCUGCGUGGCCAUGGCCAUUUUCGGGGCGCUGGCCCAGCUGCUGGAGCACGGGCUGGACCUGGAGAUGGGCAACGAGGACUACGCCAGCAUCCCGGCCGCCUGCUGGUGGGUUAUUAUCUCCAUGACGACCGUCGGCUAUGGAGACAUGUACCCCAUCACCACGCCCGGGCGCGUGCUGGGCGGCCUGUGUGUGGUGAGCGGCAUCGUGCUGCUGGCUCUGCCCAUCACCUUCAUCUACCACAGCUUCGUGCAGUGCUACCACGAGCUCAAGUUCCGCUCGGCCCGAUGCACCCGCAGCCUGUCCGCCGAGUUCCUCAACUGACCCGCUCCCGCUC